AUGUGCACAUUAUUUGCAUCGGGAAACAUCACAUUUUUGCAGUCAUUAUUUCAAUCAUUUGAUGUUAACUCCAAGAUAAGGAAUGAAUUUGAUGUUAACAAAAGAAGUCAAUUUACCUUGUCAAUCUUCGGUCUUCCCGGUCGCCCUUCUGGAAAGGAGAAUGUGCAUUGGCUGACUCAAAAAGAAUUGCAAUCUGCACACGUUCAUGUUCUAAUCAAUUGUAUUAAAGUUAGGCCAUAUCUUGAGGCAUUUAACGCCUCCUAUUUUCAAAGCACCGGUGAACAAGCAACUACCGGUCACAUACAUGCAUCUUUUCCAGCAUGGUUCAAGGAUCAAUUGUCAUGCAUUGUUGCACCGACUCAAGAAAUACUUCAUUUGCGAAACUUAUCUAGAGGGCCUGUUCAAAGAGCAAUUGAAUGGCACACAUACUUUGUGAACGGCUAUAAAUUUCACACCCAGGCUUGGACAGAAGGGAAAAAAACCAUAAAUAGUGGUGUAUUUGUUAAAGGAGUUACAGAUGGUGGUGAAGACGAAUUCUAUGGUGUUGUUACGCAUAUUUACUAG